AUGUUGAAACAGCUUAAAGUAUUAGAUAUAUCCUUUACCAACUUAGACAUCCUUGAUUUGAUUGAAAUUUGUAAUGUUUGUCCAACUAUUAAAGACAUUACCGUUAACUUACAGUGUGGUAAAUAUGGCAGUGUACCAGUAGAUAUCAGGUUAAAGUGCCAAAGUAUGUUUCAACAAUUUGAUAAUGUUCAUUUUGUUGGAUCUUUGGUUAAUUUGUUGUGCUCAAAGUUUAUAGUGUUCAUUUUAGCAAAAUCUAAAUUGCAUCAUUUAAAAUAUACACGCAGUGAAAGUUCUUCCUCAUAUGUUAUUAACAACACAAGUGGUGAUACUUCCGAUGAAGAUGAUGACGAUGACUAUGAUGAUGAUGAUGAUGAUCAUGAUUAUGAUUAUGUAGAUUAUCGUACAACAUUAACCCCUCACAUUGAUAAAUUUUCAGCAUUUAUAAUGAAUUGGAAACAUAGAAAUACAUCUACAAUAUUAAACAUGAGACUUUCGGAUUUUCCUGUUUUGUCUAUGUUUAAUGUGAAAAAUUAUGAAUAUGUAGUCAUUUCUAUAGAAGAGUUUAAUACUAAAGUGUAUGCAACACAAAUAUUUAAUAACUUCUUCAAGGAUUUGUUUGAUAUUACAGUAGAACGUUCAAAGUAUGAUAUGAAGUUGUCUUCUAAUAUGGCUGUUAUGGUAUGGAAUAAAGCUACAACCAAUUUUAAUGAUAGUUUUUAUAAAACAUUGUCAAAAAGCUUAAAACAGUACUUACCAUACUAUUUUGAAUCUGGCAGUGAAGAUAAAUUGCCAUUGUCUGAUUAUGAUUGGUUUUACACAAUACCAGGUGAACCAGUUCGAGAAAAACCAGAUCAUUAUGUAAAAAAAGUAGGCAAUAAAAGAAUGGCAGUAUGUAAUAACUUGCUUUUAAACUAUGAUAAUGUAUUUGAAGGCAAGGAUAACAUUGAAUUAAGUUUAGUUUUUAAAAAUCCUAUAAACAGUCCAAUAGCUCUGACAGCAAAUUAAUGCCUCAUUUCUGCAAAAUGGAUAGUGCCACCACGAAUUUCGUUACAGGUGCCAUAA